CGUAAGCAUUGAAUGAGUGGUAUAAAGAAGCGAGAGGAUGGCGUCCGCGCGUAACCCGAGAAAGGUAAGCAACUGAGUAUGAUCCCUUGUCCCUUGCACGAAAUGCAAGUGCUUGGAUUGUUUUUAUUAAAUAUAUAAAACAGAAAGAUCAUCCACAAAAGAAACUGAAAUUAAGGCAUGUUUUAGAGUUGAUUUGUCUUUAGGUUUGAUGUGUCGUUGACGGCUAUGAGCUUGACUCUGAAUUGCGUGACUAGUAUUCAGAGAAAUAGAGACGUGAAGAUCAGUUUCUUCAACUUUCUAGUGCCAUUCAUGAGUAUAUAUUUGCGUGAUACGUUUCUGUUAUGUGCAGUGGUCUUGUCGAAAGGCACUGAAAUUCAGGCAUGUUUAAGUUUUCAUUAACCGUUUGCUUUUCAACAGUAACUCACGCUAGAUUGCGUGACUAGAAGUCUAGCAAGUGCGAAAACACCGUAUUUACUCGCAUAAGCGCCCGGCGCUUUUAUUGGAAGGGGGCGCUUAUUAAAGUUUCCUUUCAACGAACUGUAAUUUUAUUUUAGCUAAAUCUUUUCAAAAUAGAAAAACAAAAGCAAACAUUAUAAACGUUAUCUAUGUACAUAAAUGUUAAUUCAGGGUUAAGUGUCUUGUCCAUGAUAACGGCCCAUCUGCAGAGUAUGGCAGAACUCGACGAGAUCUCAUGAGUGAAAGGCCAUUUUUAGGCCCUUAUUGCUUAUAUAAUUAUUUUUAAAAAAACUUACGCGUGCACCUGCCAUACUCUGCAGUCUGGUAUAACAGUGGUUGGUAAUCAAGCCUGCCAUAGUUAGUACCAUUAUACACUUAGCACUUAGGUAUUGGUAUGUAUGUUUAUAAAAUAUUAAGUAUCUCAUCAUCCUCGUCAAUGAUAUGCAGAUCGUCCCCUUAAUUAUAUUAGAAAGAAAGUGAUGGAGAGGGGAGGGGUGCUUUUUUGAGGGAGGCACUUGCCUGAUAUUAUGGACUAGGGGGUGGGGGAGGAAGGUACUUAUUAGGAAGUGGGCACUUAUUCGAGGAAAUACAGUAUGUUUCUGCAAAAACAUGGAAUCUGGAAACAGAGGCGGAAAUGGAAUAAGGAAACAAACUGCUUCAUCAUGAGAAUAAUAAGAAAGCAAAGUUUUGCAUUUCAUAAUUUAAUCCUUUAAAAUUACCAGUCUGGUUCCAGUUUGAUCAAGAGUGGUCAAUCAGAAAUAAUUUAAGACAGAAUUGUGACAUCCAUUAUUUUUAACAGUCUGCCUUUGGUUAAAUUGGCUUAAUUGUUAUUGUCUCUUGGGAAAUCAUGAGAAGAGGAGAAGUAGAAUUACCAUUUAAAUACUAUUAAUUUCAGGGAACAAGUCAGGAUGUUCAUCUUUCUAAAGCUCUUUCCUAUAUUUUGCGACAUGGUGCAGCUAAGGAGGGUCUUCCAAUGUCAGAAGGUAAUAUUUCUUAAGUUUUCUUAAUGUGGCUUUAAUGAUUUAAUAGUUUAAUUGUGAGAGGCUGAGUCAACAGUACUGAAAAUGAACCAAUUUUUUACGUGGAAGGUUUUGUCUUCGUUGAUGGUCUUUUGAAACUGAGACAGUUCCAGCGAUAUUCCGAGGAUGACAUCAGAAGAGUUGUGGCUGAUAAUGAUAAGAAACGCUUCACAUUGAGAGAUGACCCAGCAACAAACAGACUGCAAAUUAGAGCUAAUCAAGGGCAUACUAUCAAGGUGGGUGAUCUCACUUUCUUAAUUAACCCUUCAACUCCAAUUAACCAGGAUGCAUAUCCCCCAUCCCAGGGGGUAUACUCCAGAGUUUAGUUGAUGGGGAUCAUGGUAGGCUUUUAUUGGGUUUGAAAUUUUUCAUUUCCCAAUUCUUUUGGGCAGCGAAAUUUGGCAAUUUUUGACUUUGGGGUGUCUUGAUUUAAACAUCUUGGGCUUCCAUUCAGUAUUCGAAACAAUGUGCAUUAAUUGGUGCAGUACCAUGAGCGUGCAUUUCAGUUAACAGAGUAUCCAGGUGUUAUGAGAAUUUGGGGUUAACCCUUUAAGUCCCAAUAUCCACAUACAAAUUCUCCAAACUGAUCUCUAUACAUUUCCUUAAAGAAUGAGUUGAGAGAAUUUGAUAAAAGAUUAAAGUAUUUUCUCUUAGGUGAUCAUUUUAUUAAUUCUCAUAACCCAAUCUCUUGACAAUCUAUGUCUAUCGUUAUGAGAAAAUUGAUGUUGGUCACUAUUGGGACUUAAAGGGUUAAUGCCUGGUCCAGGGAUUUUUUAGCUUUCAUUGGAAGCCCUAAGAAUUUCUUUGAGUUAGAAACGCUGGAAUUUCUUGUAUUAUGCAAAUAAUUAUUUAUGUAUCUGGCUUACAAGAGUAAACAAUAUCAUGAAAAUAAUUUGGAAGUAAAUGUCCGAGAAUUUUAAAAUCUUGUGUUCGUUGAAAAAAUCAUUGGUACGAGUAUCAAAAGAAACUUAAGAUACUACUGUGAUCAUCUUUUUUUGCAAAACAAUAAUCCGACUUAAAUAACACUGAUAUGUUGAUCCCCACAUUUAAAUGUAAUAUAUUACAUAGGGGUAAACUAGACUAUAGUACAAAGUGCAUCCAUCAUGGAUGGAUGCAUCAAGGAUUAAAGCACAAAAAUACUGUUUCUUUCACACAUUCAAUAGAAUUAAUAUUGUUGCAGUGUGAAUAGAUACUUGUAUAUCAAGUGUUUGCCUUCUUCGGUGUGGCCUAAAAACCGUAAAAUUCAAUGUUUUAAAGUUAGUGGACAGUUUAUUAGCUUGACACCAUUGUGCUCAUUUCAGAAUUUAAGAUUUUAAGAAGUAAAUUAAAAUCUUUGUGGGAAAAAAAAAAUGUUUGUGUCAGUCAGCAAAAAGAGUAAAGUCCACGACCUUUGGCACAUUGCACAGAUCAGGGGGGCCUAGUAUGGAGCCCUGAGGCACCUGACACUUUAUUUUGCAAAACUCUGAACUGAUACCAUUAAAUUCCACAUUUUAAUGUUGCUGUUUAGGUGGAUGAUUUGGAGCUGAACCCCAUAACAGACUAUUCAGAGGCACCUGUAGUUGUGCACGGCACUUAUCACGAGUGUUGGCCUUACAUAAAAGCCCAGGUAAGUGAAGUGGUAAUGUAGCAAAGAGUGAUUUCCAAGUUUGCCAAAUUGAGGUCAACUGCAAAAUCUUGCCUGUUAAAUGAGUUUAAUAUGUGUAAGAAUAUAAAAUCAUUAUUUUCAUUUCUAAUGUCUUCACAUUGAUUGCAUGUCUUUUCGAAUGUCUAAGACAAAUUAGUUAUGUCAGUCCUAUUAUAUUAUUUUUCAAGAAUGAGUCCCUGGGAGAUUUGCAUGAUAAAAUAAGGGCAAUUAAAAAUGUAUCUUUAAAUAGCUGCAUGGGUUUUUUUAAGAGGUAAUACUAACAGCAUUUAAGUCUAAUUUGCUCACACACCUGUCCAAUUUUUGUCAUUUAAAACUUGACUUAAAAGUACAGCCAUUAUGUAACCUAAGAGUUCUGUUGCAGUUAAUUUUUUAUCUCAGGUAAUAAAAUUAUUUUUAUUUUUCUUUUGUUUCAACUUCAUUAGCAUACAUUGCCAUACCCAAAAACAAAAGAAAAACAUAAAUCACCUGAAAUAAAAAAUUAACUACAUAGGUUCUACCAAAGCUUUUUAUACUCCUCUUCCUUAAGCUUGGCUCCUUUCUUUCAAUUCUCCUUCUCCGUACACGCUUCUUUCACAGCACUGAGUGAUUUAUAAAAUAAUGUUUUGGACUGAUAAGAACACUUAAUGUGUUUCACCUUAGCCUUUUCCUAGUUUAAGUGGCUCAAUUUUUUUGACAAUUUAAUGUUUUUCUCAAAAAUCUAGCUAGAUCUGUUCAUGAUCAUGUAACAAUUAAUUAACCUGUGUGCACUACAAGUGGUGAAGUAUACGUCUGUACUAAAUUGCCACAAUUUCGAGCCUGAUUUUAUUAUUUUCUUAACAAACCAAAUUUCUUUGACAUAUCACGACCAAUAACUUUUCUAGGCUUCAGUUAAAUGCAAGAAAGCUUUCCAAACGUCCUUGCAUAAGGUAUAGGGGAUGGUUUGAAUUUUUAUACUGACAAUCUUAAAAUAAUUUGGUCAUCUGCCAGGGCUUGUCAAGGAUGAGCAGAAACCACAUUCAUUUUGCACCAGGGGAGCCUGGAGAAGAAGGAGUCAUCAGUGGUCAGUUUCACCUUUUUAACUAGUAGUGGAUACAUGUACGCACAUUCGAUCAUGCUCCAUGGAAAAUUUUCCUAUACAAGUUUUAACUGUAAAUUGUCAUUGUAACAUGAAGGGAGCCUUAUACGUGACUCUUGAACUACUCUGAAAUUCUCCUUUAGUUUCACAAGCAAAGACAAAAUGAGGAGAGUUUUUAAAGGAGUUCAUCAAAAGUCACUUGAAGUUUAUUCCUCUAAACUCCGGCCCUUCUUUGAUAAAAGAUUGAUAUGGUCAGGCAGACUUUGAAUCCUCUCCACUUUUCUUAUAUUAUAUUAUCAAUAAAGUUAAUACUCCCUAACCUAACCCUUUACGUCCCAGUAUCAACAUGCAAAUUCUCCAGACAGACCUCCAUUCAUUUCCUUGAGGAAUUAAACUUAAGAGAAUUUGAUGAGAGAUCAAAUCUUUUUCCCUUUGGUGAUCAUUUUAUCAAGUCUCUGAACUCUUUCUCUUGAUAAUAUAUUAAUACUGUUAGGGGGAAAUUGAUGUUGGUCAGUUCCCCCCAAACCCCCCACAGAUAUGAUAUUUCUGAGGGGGUGACAUAAAUGAUAACUUUUCUGAAGGGGUCAAUACUAAGAGUAAAGAGGGAGGUUUUUCUAAAGGGGAUUAUGUCAAUUUCUGAUGGGUGGAAUUACCAAGAAUAAAUUCCUCAAGGGAUAAGGGGAAUAACAUGGCCACAAAUUCUGAAGGGUAUGCAACAAAAAUAAUACUUCUUUGUGGGCCUCUAAGAAUAGUUUUUUUUAAAGGGAUUAAUAGAAUUUCGCCUGGAAACAUUUUCUGAAGACCUCAUGUUUGUUUGGUUAUUGAAUGAAUGGCCGAAAGAGAUGCAGUCAAACCUCUGUGUACAUUCUCUUGUAUGCUUACAGCCAGUCACAAGCAACCACCUAUCCAAAAAAGCCAAAACUUAAGACAAAUUCUGUUUUCCAGGCCACAUCACCAUUGUUGGGGAUCACUCUCUUGUGAGUGACCACUCCCUGUGGGCAACUGCUGAAUUUUGGCAUGGGGUGGUUAUAAAAUGAAAUUGCAGGAAAUACUCAUAAACAAAGCUCAUUUUGAUUUUCUUAGGGAUGCGGAAAAGCUGUGAAAUAAUAAUCUUCAUAAAUCUUCAAAAGGCUCUUAGUGGUAAGAAAACUAAGGCAUAAGCCAAAUGUGGAACUUUUCAUGAGAAAAACCAAACUUAGUGAGUUAAGUUCAUGAAAAGUUCAACAUCUGGCCCAGUUAAGUUCGUCUGAAUGAGUCUGGAUCGUCCAACACGUUCUAUCCAUCUGCUUCAGACACAUAGACAUCUGAAAAUAAUCUUUCGGACAAAUGUUGAUCCUCUCAUUCGGCGAACUAAACUAAUAAAUUAAAAAUUUGUAAGAUAAUGUAUAUUUUGCCUUGUGCAGGAGAAAGUUUAUUACUGGCUGGCUAAAAUUGCUUUUCGGCCUUAUAUUCAGUUGAUUGGUUCAACCCGUCCUAAGUUUGACCCAUGCCAGCCUAGACCUAAAAUGCACUUUGCAACAAACAUACAUAAAUUGUUAAGCUGGGAGUUUUUAAUCUUGUGUAGUCACAGGUGGCCCAAGCUCAAAAUGACCAUUGGCACUGUUGCAUAAUGUUUGAAAUAUCUAACAAUUAUUCUGCGAGCCCCAAUGGACUAUUGACUCAUAGGCCAUGAGGGAGAGAGGAAUAAUUUUUGUUAUAGUAAAAUGCAACUAGUUGGUCAAAAAUAUCGAGAAAAAACAACUUUAGCUAGCAAAUCGCGAUUCAGCUGCCAUUGUUUUGGUUUUCAAAGCUGGCGCUUUACGCUACUAGUGGACUAUAACAUAUAGCCUAGUAUAGUAGUAGUUCAACUAUUAGAACGCAGCAUUGAUAAUAGACCACUAGUUGGACUUUACUAAAAGGAUUUGUAUGGUGAAAAAAAAAAAUUGAUUUUUCUGUAACAUACGAUUGUGGAAGGAUUUUUAAAGUUGUGUGUUUCCUCUUUCCUGUGUGGUUCCUGAGCCAGUUUAUGGCUAUUGUAUGUGUUUUAAAUGAGCUGGUGUUUUCUCUCUUUUAUAAAGCAAAUGUUAUGCAACAAUGCCAAUGGUCAUAUUUUUGGGCCAUCUGUUGUUGUUUUUUUUUAUCGACACUUACAUAUGUAUAAGAUCUCUUCCAACCUCAUAUGCUACAAAUGGCAAAUUAAAUAUGACACUAAUUAUUUUCAACUUAUAUGUACUUGCACAUACCGUAUAAAAAAUAAUGAUAUUAUAAAUCAUGCAUGCACAAUCUGACAAUAGAUUCAUUUUUUCCUCAGAAAGGAGAUUGCAGUUUCCUGGCUUUGUGAAAAGAGCAAUCACUAGAUGGCAUAAUAAAAAAAAAACUAACAUUACUUACAUCACAAUACCAAGAAAUAUCCUAUCCUAUAACAGACUAUUUUAUAGAUAGGAAGAGUAUUGUUUCUAACAAUUUUUUCCUCCUCUACCAUUUCAAAGUUUCAUUAAUACUUCAUACCAACAGCACAGUUUGUAAAUAAAUUAUCUUACUUUUCAGAUGGCUUCAAAUUCUACAGAUCAUCUAACAAUGUGUUACUUUGUCCUGGAAAUGAGGAUGGCUUCCUUCCUCCUUGCUAUUUUCAGCGAGUUAUGCAGACUCGGCCAAGUAAGCAUUUCCAGAUUUUUUUGUUCGCUGAAUUUAGCUCAGUGUGA